UUGAAGGUGUUGAUGGACUCUCCUUAGGAUCGGACGUUUCGAGGGAACUACUAGACUCACGAAAAAAUCAUUUCAACAAAGUAUCUUCAUUUUUUUUACUCUUGACCAUGGCUUUUAAAUACAACUUAUUGUAGCAUUCGUAACUCUCACUCUUAUAAUAAUAAUAAUAAUAAUAAUGGUGGUGGUGGUGGUGACAAUCAAAGGCUCUUAUAUAGUGAAACCUGCCAAACCAACAUGGACCGGCCGCGUUUCCCUUUCUGAGUUGGAUCAAAUUGGAACAAUAAUGUAUGUUCCCACUAUCUACUUCUACAAACCAUCGCCAAACUGGCUAACACCAUCCAAUGAUGUCGUCAAUGACCUUAAAGAUUCAUUGAGAGAUGUUUUGGUGCCAUUUUAUCUACUAGCUGGCCGUUUACACUGGAUAGGUCGUGGCCGCCUCGAGCUUGAGUGCAAUGCCAUGGGUGUUAUGUUCACUGAGGCUGAAUCUGAAUCCAAGCUUGAAGAUCUUGGCGACUUCCUACCGUCUUCAGAGUACAAAUACCUAAUCCCAAAUGUUGACUAUACCGUUCCAAUACAUGACUUGCCUCUAUUAUUAGUGCAACUCACCAAGUUCCAAUGUGGUGGUAUUAGCCUAAGUUUAACAAUAUCUCAUGCUGUUGUUGAUGGGCAAAGUGCUCUUCACUUUAUGUCAGAGUGGGCAAGAAUCGCCCGUGGCGAGCCAUUAGGCGUGGUUCCUUUUCUUGACCGAAAGGUCUUGCGAGCUAGGGAUCCUCCAAUAGCUUCACAGUUUCACCAUGCGGAGUUUGAUCUUCCACCAUUACUAUUGGGGCAGUUGAAUAACGCUGAAGAGAGAAAAAAGAAGGCAACUGUAGCCAUGUUGAGGCUAACCAAAGUUCAGGUUGAAAAUUUAAAGAAUGUGGCAAAUGAGGAAAGAAUCAGUACAGAUAGUGGUCGUGGUUAUACUAGAUAUGAGACCUUGUCUGGACAUGUUUGGAGGUCUGUUUGUAAGGCUCGUGGACACAACCCAGAGCAGCCAACUGCUCUAGGUGUUUGUGUUGAUUCACGUAAACGGAUGCAGUCACCUUUGCCUGAUGGUUACCUUGGCAAUGCUACUCUUAAUGUGAUCGCGGUUAGUCACGCCGGUGAGCUCAUGUCAAAGCCCUUGGGAUAUGCCGCAAGAAAGAUAAGGGAAGCAAUUGAAACGGUGACAAAUGCGUAUGUGAGAUCUGCGAUUGAUUUCUUGAAGAAUCAACCAAACUUGACAAGGUUUCAAGACAUUCACGCACUAGGAGGCACUGAAGGGCCCUUCUACGGGAACCCAAAUAUCGGGGUGGUUAGUUGGUUAACCCUACCUAUUUAUGGCCUUGAUUUUGGGUGGGGAAAGGAGAUUUAUAUGGGUCCAGGAACUCAUGAUUUUGAUGGGGACUCAUUGCUUCUGCCAAGUCCUAAUGGAGACGGGUCUGUAAUAUUAGCAAUAUGUUUGCAGGUGGCUCAUAUGGAAGCUUUUAAGAAAUACUUCUAUGAAGAUAUAUAAAACAAUCCAGCUCUAGCGCAAGAAAUAAUAGCAGUAUAACUAGAGAUCAAGAAGAAGUAAUCAAGAAAGAGAGAAUGACUAAUGGAUAUGUUUACUUUAUUACUAUAUUUUGAUAAAUAUUGAUAAUUUGAUGUGUUCUUGUAUUAAUAAUGAGAUGUUCAAGUUAAGGUUAUUGCCUCAUUACUAGUGGAACAAUUGAUUUUAUUACUUUAUUACAUUGGUAUCAAAGCUUUUAAUGUUGUUUUCGAAAUGA